AUGACUACAACUCCACAAGCACAUAAUUCUCAAGAAGAAAAUUCUGUUUCGUUAGAAGCAGAAAUUCAAAGCUUAGAGUCAUCUAGUGACGCUCCUUCGAAUAAUUUUUCUAAUGUUAGCGAGCAUAUUGAAACUUCAUCAAAUAUUCAACUUUUUUCGCCUGCACUUUCUGAUAAUUUGGAAGAAAUUUCUACGGCAAGUCUUUUACAAAUUCCAACAAUGGAACAAGUAAAACCGAGCAGCUUCGAAAAGAACAAGGAUACUGCCAACAACUCAGCCACCUUAAAAGAUGUUUCGCCAAAGCAAGGCUCUCCAAGUGCUAAUAAUCAAAGGCAAACAACACCAACUUUCAGCGCUGACAAUAUUCCUAUUAAAAGCUCAUCAACGACGCAAACUCUUGACUCAAAUAUCGAGCUUCAUAGUCCUUUGAUAACUCCUGACUCAAAUAUUGAGCUUCAUAGUCCUUCGAUAACUCCACUCGAUAAUAAACUUGAUAAUAUUUCUAAUAAGACAUCUGCUUCAACGUCUCCGAAAAAAAUUGGUGUAAUAAUUGAUGUGCAAGAACUUAAAGAGUCUGGCAAAAAUAAAAACGAAGUCGCGUCAACUAAUGACAGUAAGCAAGAAAUUCAAGUCUCGUCAGCACAUGAAGCUGUAGCUGAUUCGAGAACUUUGCAAAAUUCUGGCAUGAGUAAAUUUGCAAUUAAUGAAGCGAUCGGUAGUAAUCAAGAACGAGAUAAUAAAGUCGAUAUCUCGUCAAAUAAUAAAACUGUUGAAAAGCAAAAAAUUCCGAGCACAAGUCAUUCCAGACUAGUAGCUGAAGCAAGUUCUUCUACUAAUAAUGCUGAAGCAAUUGUUACUGUUCCGAAUACUCAUGGACUUCCAGCCGCGUGCUUAUUUGUUGCUAGCCUUUCGACAAAUAAACCGGAUGUUCAACUUCAGAAAGCUGUUUUAGAACAUUUUACCAAGUGGGGAGCAGUCAUGAACGUGAAAGUUCUAAAAGAUCCUCAGCAACGACCAUACGCAUUCGUUCAAUACGAGAAUGUAACCGAUGCUAAAAAGGCAUUGAUCCAAGCUCAUAAUACCCAAAUUGAAGGACGGCUUAUUCGCGUAGAACAAGCAAGAGUUAAUAGAACACUGUUCUUAGGUCGUUUAAACAAGAAUUUUAAAGAAGAGAGCUUGAGACAAAACGCCGCUUAUAUCACCGAAUGGGCAACCAACAUUGAGCGAGCGGUUCCACGUCCCGAAGAUAUCGACAACUUUUCUAUCUUUGUUGGAUGGCUCAACGAAAAUUUGGUCACUUCUGAUAUUCUCAAACAGCGCUUUGAAAAAUAUGGAGAGAUCGACGAUUUAAAUCUGAUAAAUCGUCAAUCUGCUCGUAAUUCAGAACUGCGACCGGCAUUCGCUUUUAUAAAAUACAAGGACGAAGCAUCUGUAAAAGAGGCGAUUAAGAACGAGAAUAAUUUAUUAUUCCUUGGAAGAAAUAUCCGGGUAGAGCAAAAAGAAUCGCCAGAAUUUCGUCAAUUAAAAUCAGAACUGCUUCGUCAGCAGCAAUUGAUGCGAAAUCGAUCUCUACAGAAUUAUACUGGAAUGACAAAUCCACCACCAAUUCAUUAUCAACCUCUAACAUCUAGUGCAUCGACCCGUCGACAAUUUACUGCUUCACCGAAAAAAUCGAAUACCAAACAAAAGAAGUCUGACACAAAUCAACAGGUGGGAAGUCUGCAGCAAAGACAACUAGUGGACAUAGAUAAAGAGAUAUUCUCCAGUAGGAAAAAAGAAAAAGAGAAAAGCCAAGCAGCUAAUAAAUCUUGUAGAGAAUCAGAUAAAGCGACAGAAGAUAAAUCUUUGCCAAAUCGAAAACAACAACAGCAACAAUCACAAUCUAAUUCAGUUACCACGACUCCUUUUGGCCCUCCUCCUUUAAUGAAUCAACAGCCCAAUUAUAUGCCUGAAGCGUCGACAAUGGGUAUGCCGUGGGUCACACAUGAUGGCACAACACAUGAAAUGUUUUACUAUGCCGCGCCAUUUAUUCAAACCCCAGAAGGACCCAUUUACCCAUACGCACCUCCAAUGUCUUUUAUGGGUAACCCAACACUUACAACUUCAUUCCCGCCAAUACCAUAUUAUAAUAGCGACUUCUACCACGAAACUCCUGCGCUAGUUCCACAGCCGACUCAUUUACCACCAAUGAAUUUCCAUGAAUAUAUGGCGCCAGUCCUUCCUGGACUAAGAGAUUCAUUAUUUGGGCCUCAGGAAAAUGAAAAUAAAGCGUCAAAAGUCAUUACACCACUAGCAAACGCGGCUCCGGUAGUAAAUAACAGUAAUGUUACAAAUUUCCAAACUUCUGCUGGAUUCAGUUCAACCUUUCAAGAACCAUUUGCUAAUAAUAGCACCGCCGCCGAUGCCCAACUGAGCGAGACUAGUGUGUUUCGCAGAGAUUCGGUUUCGAUUGAAUUGUCGACUACUGCAGCAGCUGCUACAGGAAACGAUGCAGUUAGCAAUAGUGGCAUGAUUUGCCACAAUGAAACGGUUGAAUUGACGACCAAUACGUCGUUGUUUCCUCAAUCGAUAGGCGCUGGUCAUGGUAGUCAACAAUAG